AUGGCAAGUCAAUCUGUUUAUAAACAAUCAUAUGACUGUCCUGGCAAUCUUAAAUGGAGUACAACAGGAACGACAAUUAUUGGCAAUGGUUAUGGUUCAGCUUCAGAUCAAUUAACAUUUCCUUCAGGUUUAUUGAUCGAACCAAAAACACAAAUAUUAUAUGUUGCUGAUAUUUUUAAUAACCGUGUUCAAAAACGUUAUCCAAAUGGUGAGGUGCAAACUGCGGCAGGUCGAGCCAAUUGCACCCCUGGAACAACUCCAGAUGCACUAUCGAAUCCAGUAGAUGUCUUUGCAGAUGAAAAUGAAAAUGUUUUCGUUACUGAUUGGAACAAUCACCGAGUUCAAUUUUGGCCAAAAGAUGCCAAAAGUGGAAAAACAGUCGCUGGAAAUGGGACUCAAGGUUCAGCAUUAAAUGAAUUGAGUUAUCCAAGUAGAAUUUUACUUGAUUCAAAGAAAAAUGUCAUCGUUGCUGAUACCCAAAAUGAACGUAUAACAAAAUGGCCAUUUUCAUUUGAUCCAACAACAUCUGUUGGCACAAUCAUGGCCGGUGGUAAUGGUGCGGGUCUCAAUCCAUAUCAACUAAAUAAUCCAUUAGGUUUAUAUUUAGAUGAACCAAAUAAUAUCUUUUACAUAUCGAAUGAACAAUCCCAUUCAAUAACACAAUGGAUUAUUGGAGAUUAUGAAAAUCGUAAUAUAUAUGCUGGUAUACCUGGACGACCUGGUAAUAGUUCCGCACAACUAUUUUAUCCACAAGGUGUAACUCUUGACCAAUAUGGUAAUUUAUAUGUUGCUGAUACCUCUAAUCAUCGAAUCCAAAUGUUUUGUCCAAAUUCUGUAUUUGGUAUAACAAUUGCAGGCAUUGGUCAUCGUGGCAAUAACAGCAAUGAAUUAAAUUACCCAUAUGAUAUUGCAUUUGAUUCAGACCUUAAUUUAUAUGUUUCGGAUACAUUUAAUUACCGUUUAAGCAAACUUAAAUGGAGUACAAUAGGAACGACAAUUAUUGGCAACGGUUAUGGUUCAGCUUUAUUAUCGAUGAUUUAA